GUAUAGGCUUGUAGGCCCCUUGCAGGCCAGGAUCAUUUAAGGACUGCAGUGAGGUUAAGGACAGCCAGGCAGGCCUAGGCCAGGAAGAGAAAAUGUUCUCUUCCCCUUAUCUCAUGUUGCAAGUUCUGAAUGCCUGGAUCAGCAGGAAGUGGCUCUUGCCUAGAUUAGAGGUGUUCCUUCUUGAGACAAGAACAUGCUGUCUCCAGAAGAAGGGUGGCUGAGAGAAUUCUUUAAUGUAUCUUUCUUCAAGGAUGUUAGUUUAAUCCCAUUAUGUACUGAAAGUACACAUUGUUAUGUUUAUCUGAUUGCUGCAAGUAUAUAGCUGUGUGGAAAAUAAACGACAGCAUGCAGUUGCAAGUGCUGCCUUUGCUCUGCAUCCCCUGUGUCCUGGUUCUUUCACAACCCUUACCCAGGGACCCCAACGCACUAGACGUUGACAAUUGGCGCCCGAACAGGGACCCUGAAGGACGUUCAGGAAGGAUGGAACCUAUCAAAAUUUUGUGGAAAUCUGAAGAUCCUUUGUGGAUUGAACAAUGGCCAUUAACUAAGGAAAAACUUGCCGCUGCUCAUCAAUUGGUUCAAGAGCAAUUACAAAAGCAACACAUUGAACAUUCCACUUCUCCGUGGAAUUCUCCAAUUUUUGUAAUUAAGAAGACAUCAGAGGAUGGACGGACCUGUUCCUGGCUCCCCGCGAGAUGGAUCCGGUCGAGGACCAAUUCGAACGGCACCGUAUCCCGCCAGACGACGGAUGGGGAAUCCAGACCAGGAUGAGCUUCUGUUACAAGCCAUUGCACACCUGAAUCUGGGGGGACGACGUCGCCGCCGGCAGACAUUUGCUACUGCUUUGCCGACCUGGGGGCAGAUUAAAAAAGCUUAGUGGGGAGGGGCAAAAAAUCCUGCAGCGGACAGGGAAGGCUUGCACGCCUGAAAAUUUAUUUUUGGCUAUGUGUGCCUUACUUACUGUAUCAUCUUCUGCCGAGGCGACAAAUGAUACCACCACGGAGCCGAUGGAAUGAGUCAGUGGUGAAUCAUCAACUGAUGGCCUGGGGAGAUGGCGGCAUUGCAGACCCUCGUAUAUCACAUCAGAAAUUUCCUGAUCAUAUUCAGACGCACUUAUGGAAAAUUGCAGCUGCGCUUAAGACUGUUCGAAUUUACAAUGGAACUUUUUCUGGCACAGCAAAUUCUGCAUCAGUUUAUAACUUCACCAUGUUUAAAGAAAUGAAUGUGACUGCAUGUGUGCCUUUACCAUAUUUAUUCCUGAUAGGGAAUUUUAGCUUUGAUAAUGGAAUUAACUGUGCUAAAUGUCGAUUAUACUCUUGUGUUAAUAGUUCUAUAGAAUUUGAGCCAGAAUAUUCUCUUAUGAUUUUGCAACAACGUUCUCACAUUUGGCUUCCGGUAAAUUUAGAACGACCGUGGGCGCAAAAUCCCGUAGACACCUUAGUUUUAGAAUUUUUCAAAAAGAUGCUGAAACGCACGAAACGUUUUGUUGGCAUUGUUGUGGCAAUUAUUUUAAGUUUAAUCACAGUUACCACAUUAGCCGCGGUGUCAGGUAUAGCAUUACAUACAUCUUUACAAACUAAACAUUUUGUGGAAAAUUGGCACCGUGACUCUCGGGACCUUUGGCUUUCACAAACAAUGAUAGAUACUCGCUUACAGACACAAAUAGAUGUCCUUAGACAAACUGUGAGCUGGUUAGGAAGGAAGGUCUUGACGCUAGAGAGGCAAAUUUGGCUGCGUUGCGAUUGGAAUUCCACAACCUUUUGUGUUACCAAUUUAAGAUACAAUGCGUCACAGCAUGAUUGGAGCAUCAUCCAAAGAUACUUAGAAGGUAACUCGUCAGCGACUGACAUGAUCAAUAAUUUACAUACAAAUAUUCAGGAAGUGUUUGGUAGACCAUUUGAGACUGAAGAUGCUGCCACCUUGGCCGAUUUAUUCCUUAAACAACUUGAGGGACUGGAUCCUAAAGGUAUCAUUCAGAGUUUAGGGCACACUGCAGGAGGAAUGGGGUUCGUACUACUAGUUAUUAUCUUAUGCUUUAUGCUGUUACAUUUCUGCUAUUUAAAGCCAUCACAGAAUUCUAUGGCCACCCUCUGGAAGGCAAUUUUAUUAAAACAAAAGAAAAAGGAGGGAAUUGAGAUGGUAUAGGCUUGUAGGCCCCUUGCAGGCCAGGAUCAUUUAAGGACUGCAGUGAGGUUAAGGACAGCCAGGCAGGCCUAGGCCAGGAAGAGAAAAUGUUCUCUUCCCCUUAUCUCAUGUUGCAAGUUCUGAAUGCCUGGAUCAGCAGGAAGUGGCUCUUGCCUAGAUUAGAGGUGUUCCUUCUUGAGACAAGAACAUGCUGUCUCCAGAAGAAGGGUGGCUGAGAGAAUUCUUUAAUGUAUCUUUCUUCAAGGAUGUUAGUUUAAUCCCAUUAUGUACUGAAAGUACACAUUGUUAUGUUUAUCUGAUUGCUGCAAGUAUAUAGCUGUGUGGAAAAUAAACGACAGCAUGCAGUUGCAAGUGCUGCCUUUGCUCUGCA